AUGGCAUCCAUCUUCCGCUCCGGCGCUGUGGCCCUGAUCAGCGGCGGCGCCUCGGGCGUUGGGUUCGCGUUCGCUGCGCACUGCCGCCGCAGCGGGAUGCACGUGGCGCUGCUGGACAUCAACGCAUCCUCACUUUCAGCGGCGUCGUCGGCCCUUUCGGCGAUAGACAACAAGUUACUCACACUCACCUACGAGCUGGACGUGUCGGACCUGUCUGCGUGGGACGCCGUCAAGGCGGACCUAUCCGGCAAGUUCCAGAGCAUUGAUUUCCUGAUGCUGAACGCCGGCAUGUCGAUCCGCACGACAAAACCCUGGGGCGACGCAGAGUACUUCCACCGGACGCUUGGGGUCAAUUUCUUCGGCAUGGUGCACGGCCUCACGACGUUCUUGCCCAUGGUGUUGCGAACCACGGGUCCCAGCGCCGUGGUCCUCACGGGGUCGAAGCAAGGCAUCACCAACCCGCCGGGAAACCCGGCGUACAACGCGAGCAAGAGCGCGGUCAAGACGGUGACGGAACAGCUGGCGCAUGACCUGCGCACCCCGUCGUCGAGCAUCUACGCGCCGCAUGUGUCUGCCCACCUGCUCGUGCCCGGGUGGACGUUCACGGGCCUAAGCGGCAAUGUCGGCCCCGUGGCUGACGAGGAGGCUCUCAAGACGAAACCGCGCGGCGCGUGGCUGCCGUCGCAGGUGUGCGAGUAUGGUGUCGACAAGAUCGAAAAGGGACAGUUCUAUAUCAUCUGUCCUGACACGGAUGUUGAUGAGAGCCUCGAUAAUGCGCGCAUGACUUGGGCGAUUGGGGAUAUCACCGAGGGGAGAAGCGCCUUGAGUCGGUGGGACGAUAAGGUCAAGGACGAGGCGGCCGAGUGGAUCAAGAAGGAUGCCGAGAGGCGGAGGGGGAAGAUGUAG